ACCCGCUGGGGCCGACCCAGCGAACGCUAUCGACACCGGCCUCCCCGCCGCUUCCCUCCCCUUCCCUGCUCUUCUGCCUAUAUCGCCACGACCACGCCUCCCUCCUCGAAACCACCACGAGUUCAACGCCGCGAGAGCACCACCCAACCUUCGAGUUGUACGCGAGGGAGAUUCGAGGAGGGGUUUGGGCGUUUCGCGUUCGCGUUUGCGCUUGCGCUUGCGCUUGCGCGGCGAGGAGGAGUAGCAGGCUCGGGGGCGGCGGCGAUGGAUCGGUACCAGAGGGUGGAGAAGCCGCGGGAGGAGUCCCUCAUCGGCGCCAACGAGAUCCGCAUCACCGCGCAGGGGCGCCCACGCAACUACAUUACCUACGCGCUCGCCCUGCUCCAGGACAAUGCAACGGAUGAAAUCGUUAUCAAGGCUAUGGGAAGAGCGAUCAACAAGACAGUUGUCAUUGUGGAGCUUCUUAAGAGAAGGAUUGCUGGUCUCCAUCAAAAUACCUCUAUUGAAUCACUUGAUAUAACUGACACUUGGGAGCCGUUAGAAGAAGGCCUUGUCACCCUUGAGACCACUCGCCAUGUUUCCUUGAUUACCAUUAAGCUGUCAAAGAAGGAGCUGGAUACAUCAUCUCCUGGUUACCAGCCACCGAUACCAGCUGAGCAGGUCAGGCCAGUAACUGACUUCAAUGAGGAUGCAGAGGCAGUACCAAGUGGUCGUGGAAGGGGACGUGGUCGCCGGGGCAGGGGCAGGGGAAGAGGGUUCAGCAAUGGAGGAGCAGAUUACAAUGAUGAGAAUGGAUACCCAGAGGAGCCUCCACGGGGAUAUCGUGGCAGAGGGAGAGGACGAGGAAGGCGUGUAUCCUUUGGGCCUGGAAGGGGCUAUGGUGGUGACGGUUAUGCAAUGGAAGAAGCUGGUGGAUACGAUGAUGCAGAGUAUAAUGCACCACCUGUUCAAGGAUAUGAAGGUGGCAGAGGCAGGGGGCAGGGCCAGGGUAGGGGCCGAGGCCGUGGUCGCGGGCGUGGAGGCCGAGGCCGUGGACCUCCUCCUCAAGAGUAGAUUGGCUGGCUGUGGCUCAUCAACGAUGGAAUGCUAUAUAACUGUCAUCGUCACAAGAUUUAUGUCAUCUUCCAUUGUAGCUUUAUCUGCUUAGGUUUAUGUUUAAAGUUCACAUGUUCACAUAGUGACUCCAACGUGGAGGAUAGGCUAGUUAUGGUUUUGUAGCUAGGUUAUUCUUCCAUUUGCUUUUAUGCCAGACAUGAUACCGUUCAAAUUGUGCAUUGUAGCCUCAGUGUGCCAUCAUCAAAUCUAGUUCAGAAGAUUCUUUUAUGAGGUUAGAAAUCGUUCAGUUUUCUAUGAAUGUGGAAACGUGACUGUUGAACUACCUUCCGAGUU